AUGACCUUAAAAACUCUCAUUCACGGAUCCCGUCUGCAAUCCGCCAUCAAAGCGGUUAACUAUGUCAACUUGAUUACCACCGUUUCAAAACCCUCGACCUACUUCGAGAGUCUGCUGUCAUUCGACAGUCUUCCUAGUCAGGAUCGAUGCAGCGGGUGGAGCUUCUUUGCGUGGACUCUCCAUGGGAUGGUGUGUGGUCCUCCAGUCGCCCAUGCUGCUGCGGCGGCCGCUGCCAAUGCCGUAUUUGCAUAG